GUUGAGCACCCCUAAUCUGAAAAUACCAAAUUCAUAAUGUUCCAGUGUGUGCUAGUUUGAGAAUUUUGGAUUAAUGCCCAUCCAGAGGAAUUUAUGCAUAUAUUUUCAAGUCUUCGACCCUGAAAUCUGAAACACUUCUGGCUCCAGGUGUGUGAUGGACAGGUGACGCCCAGGCCACUCCCGCUGUGCUCAGGGUGCCAGCAUGACCGAGUGCUUCCUGCCCCCCACCAGCAGCCCCGGGGAGCACCGCAGGGCCGAGCACAGCAGCGGGCUGACGCGGACGCCCAGCUCGGAGGAGGUCAGCCCCACCAAGUUCCCUGGCUUAUACCGGACAGGCGAGCCCUCGCCGCCCCACGACAUCCUCCACGAGCCCCCGGAUAUCGCGUCCGAUGACGAGAAGGACCAUGGCAAGAAGAAGGGGAAGUUCAAGAAGAAGGAGAAAAGGACUGAGGGGUAUGCUGCCUUCCAGGAAGAUAGCUCUGGGGAUGAGGCCGAAAGUCCUUCCAAGAUGAAGAGGUCCAAGGGCAUCCAUGUCUUCAAGAAGCCCAGCUUUUCUAAAAAGAAGGAUAAGGAUUUUAAGAUAAAAGAGAAACCCAAAGAAGAAAAGCAUAAAGAAGAAAAGCACAAAGAAGAAAAACAUAAAGAGAAGAAGUCCAAGGACUUGACAGCAGCUGAUGUUGUUAAACAGUGGAAGGAAAAGAAGAAAAAGAAGAAGCCGAUUCCGGAGCCAGAGGGGCCUCCAGUCGACGUGCCCAGCCUCAGGCCCAUCUUCGGGAUCCCCUUGGCCGACGCGGUGGAGAGGAGCAUGAUGUCUGACGGCGUCCGGCUGCCGGCCGUCUUCCGGGAGUGCGUGGACCACGUGGAGAAGCACGGCAUGAAGUGCGAGGGCAUCUACAGGGUUUCAGGAAUUAAAUCCAAGGUGGACGAGCUGAAGGCGGCCUACGACCGAGAGGAGUCUCCCAACCUGGAAGACUAUGAGCCAAACACCGUGGCCAGCCUGCUGAAGCAGUACCUGCGCGACCUCCCGGAGAACUUGCUUACCAAAGAGCUCCUGCCGCGCUUCGAGGAGGCGUGCGGGAGGGCCAUGGAGAGCGAGAAGGUGCAGGAGUUCCAGCGCCUGCUCCGGGAGCUGCCUGAGUGCAAUUGCCUCCUCAUCUCCUGGCUGGUCGUGCACAUGGACCACGUCAUCGCCAAGGAGCUGGAGACCAAGAUGAACAUUCAGAACAUCUCCAUCGUGCUCAGCCCCACCGUGCAGAUCAGCAAUCGUGUUCUGUAUGUGCUUUUCACGCAUGUGCAAGAGCUCUUCGGAAACGUGGUACUGAAGCCGGUGACGAGGCCCCUGCGAUGGUCCAACAUGGCCACGAUGCCCACGCUGCCCGAGACCCAGGCCAGCAUCAAGGAGGAGAUCCGGAGACAGGAGUUUCUUUUGAAUUGUUUACAUCGAGAUCUGCAGGGUGGGAUAAAAGAUUUAUCUAAAGAAGAAAGAUUAUGGGAAGUACAAAGAAUUUUGACAGCCCUCAAAAGAAAACUGAGAGAAGCUAAAAGACAAGAGUGUGAGACCAAGAUCGCCCAGGAGAUAGCCAGUCUUUCAAAGGAGGAUGUUUCCAAAGAAGAAAUGAAUGAAAAUGAAGAAGUUAUAAAUAUUCUGCUCGCCCAGGAGAAUGAGAUCCUCACUGAGCAGGAGGAGCUGCUGGCCAUGGAGCAGUUCUUACGCCGGCAGAUCGCAGCUGAGAAGGAGGAGAUCGAGCGCCUGCGUGCCGAGAUUGCUGAGAUCCAGAGCCGCCAGCAGCACGGCCGCAGUGAGACGGAGGAGUACUCCUCAGAGAGCGAGAGCGAGAGCGAGGACGAGGAGGAGCUGCAGCUCAUCCUGGAAGACCUGCAGCGCCAGAAUGAGGAGCUGGAGGUGAGCCUGGGCUCCUCCUUCCGGGAGCUGGGGUCUCCUGCGCUCCCCGGCAGGGAGGCUGCUGGGCAGGGACCGGGACUUCGCUUGUGA